GCUGCGCAGUCUCGGCCCCGGCAAGGCGCGGGGGCUGGGGCUGGGCCGGCCCGGCCCGGCCCGGCCCGCUUGGUACCGGGCGGGUUACUAUGGAGAAGCGUCCGGCAGGACGAGGGAGAAGCCGCCCUACAAGAGCCUGUCUGGGUAAGGCAUGAUGCUCUUUCCUGCUUGAGGUGACCAGUUUUUCAUGGUGAAUUGUAAAAGAAUGUGGAUUAACCGAGUUCCCUGCUGUCUAUUGGCAGUAGCACAUCUGUAUCUCCUGAACCACUUGGCCCACAGUCAAGAAACAGAUUCCUCACAUCAACUUCAGAACUUCACAUGUGUAACACAGGAUUUUAAUGAUGUUAACUGUACCUGGAUUGAAGCCUCCACAGAUGACUUUGGAUAUAGUUAUAAAUUCUGUUACACUGCCAGCACUUCUUCCACUACAGAAUGUUCAGUAACUGAGGAUAAAAGAGCAACACUUAAACUGUUCUCAUUUAACUCUGUUAGAAUAGAGAUAACCACCUUGCAUUCAUCUGGAGGAGUGGGAAGCCCGAUAGCUACAAACUCAUUUCUGCUGACGGAGAAAAAUAUUUCAUUUAUUCCUCCCACUCCAAAGAUUCACAGCUUGACUCCUAACUACAUAACUGACAAGUUGGAUCUGGAAUGGUAUGAUGGCGGUUCAGCCUUUCCAUAUGAAAUAGAUGCCACCUGGGAAAUCCAGAUCCUACGAAAAGAUCCCAUGGUAGAAGUGGCUCUGAAAACCUAUCAUUCAAAAUUAACUCGCAAGAACACCCUUCUCCACUGGACUUGGACAUCAGACCUGCCUUUUAAUUGCACCACCCACUAUGUCAGGAUUCGCUGUUUUCUUCAUGAGAAUGCAUUUGCUGGGAGCAAGAAGUGGAGUGAAUGGAGCCAAAUUGAAAGUAUUCCUGGACACGACACGGGCUUCUUUGAAGCAGUGUAUCCCACAGACAGAGUGGUGCCAGUAGGUUCCAACAUAACUUUCUGCUGUGUGGUGCAAAAUGGCCAUACUUGGACUGAUCUGAAGUACAGUUCAUGCCCACCACAGAACUGCCCAAUUGAGAUUCUUUCCAAGUGGAGCAUUUCUAUACAUGCGCCAAAUGUUCAAUUUCAUGAACCAUCUGGGAAUAAUGCAUGGUGUUUAAUAAAAAACUCAACCACACCACCCCCUGGAACUGUUCUGUUUGUAGGCUUACCCCCAGAUAUUCCACGAAACCUUACCUGUGAAACACACAAUUUUAAGGACAUAAGAUGCAAAUGGGAAGAGGGAAGGUCCACUUUCCUGUCUGGCUUGCGAAAAACAAUCUAUACUUUAUCUGAACGAAUAUCUGGGGGAAAUGUGACAUAUACAGGAGAGUCUGAACAUUACCAGUGUACUUACCCAGUCUCGAACAAUCAAACAAUAUACAACUUCACAGUUUAUGCUUCCAAUUCUCUUGGCCAAUCAGAAGCUUCUCUUCAAAUUGAUAUAAGACACAGAGUUCAUCCAAGGACUCCUGCAGAUUUAACUGUGACUGACAACGGCCCAACUAAUCUCAUUCUGUCUUGGAAUUUACCUGGCAGCUUCAAGGGAAUUAAGCUUCAGUGUGAGGUUCAGGUUUCCACCAGCAAUUCCAGAGAAAAACUGAAAAAGAAUCUGGAUGGUGCAGAAAAUUCACGGUAUACUAUCUCAGUAGACACAUUGCAUCCCUACACAGUUUAUAAUUUCCAGGUUCGCUGCGCAGCUGCUGAGCCCUUCUUCUGGAAAUGGAGCACCUGGAGCAAGGAAGCACAGCAUGAAACUCAGCAAGCCCCUCCAGCGGGACGGUUAGAUGUCUGGAGGGAGAAAAGUGCUGAUGGUGAGACUGUAACCAUUUUUUGGAAGCCACUACCCAUUCUGGAACGCAAUGGAUUGAUAGAAGGUCACAAAGUGUCUUGUUCCCUGCCAAAGAUGACCAUGCAGGAAUUUGUUCCUGUAGCCUUCAACAGCACCAAAGUAAAGCUUGGCAAAAAUGAUUGCGUGCUUGCAGUGGUGGCAAAAAAUAAGGCCGGCUUCUCUCGUCCUUCUUUGAUAAAUAGUGCAGAAAUUCCAGCAGGGGAGGAUGCCCCAGUAGAGAAUGGCGUUGCAACAGGUGAUGGCAUAUCUGUUGCUUGGCGUUCUGACCCAAGUGUGACUUGUGGCUACACGGUGCGGUGGUGUCCUGGACCUAAACUCUGUACUGCAGUUGACUGGGAAACAUUUCCUUCAAAUGUGACAAAUGCUGUCAUCAAAUCUGUUCUCUUUCAGCCAGGAGUACGAUACAGAUUUUCUGUCUAUGGCUGCAAAGAAAAGGGAUAUCAACUAUUGAAAUAUGUAGAUGGCUACAUACAAGAAUUGAGUCCAAGAGUUCCACCAGUUUUUAAUGUAGAGACUGCCACCUCAGAUUCUAUCUUGAUAAAAUGGAAGGACAUACCUGUUGAAGAUCUCCGUGGCUUUUUAAAAGGCUAUCUGCUUCACUAUGGCAAAGGAGAAGAAGGCAACACAAAGCUAAAGGAUUUUGAAUCAAGGCACCCAGCACGGAACAUUACAGACCCCAAGCAAAACUCAUUCAGAAUCCCAAGCCUUCAAGGGAAAACGAGCUACCACCUUAUCUUGAGAGGCUACACGGAGGGAGGAAUUGGACCGGCAAGGAGCUUGUAUGUGGUCACCAAAGAGAACGCUGUGGGCUUAAUCAUUGCCAUAAUCAUCCCAGUGGCGAUAGUUGUUGCUCUGGCUGCAGUGACCAGUUUCCUUUGCUACCAGAAGAGAGAAUGGAUUAAAGAGACUUUCUAUCCUGAUAUUCCAAACCCUGAGAACUGUAAAGCUUUGGAGUUUGAAAAAGAUUUGGAGGGGAACCCUAAUUGUAAAACCUUGGAGAUGAAUCCAUGCACCCCCAAUAACAUUGAAGUGGUUGAAAAAGAGUCUCCCUGCCUGAAGAUUGAGGAUACCGCCAUUACAUCACCAGCGGUGGAGGAGCAUCCUGAAGAUGGCUUUGACUCCGAAACAGAGAGCCACAUUGUCGUCUCCUAUUGCCCACCCAUCAUUGAAGAGGAGAUCUCACAUCCACCAGGAGAUGAAUCUGCAGGAUCUUCCCAGGUUAUUUACAUUGACAUCCAGUCCAUGUAUCCAGCUCAAGUUAAACCAAAGGAAGAGUUAGAAGUUGACUGUGUGGCUGCAGCAGGUUACAAACCACAGAUGCAGCUGCCUGUUACUAGUUUGAGAAAAACCGAGGAAGCCUCAUCCAUAGAAGAGGACUUAGACAAGGCUGCAGGCUACCGACCUCAAGUGAACAGGCCUUCUUGGAUUACAGGUUGUCCAGAUUCUCCAGGAUCCAUGGAAAGCAACAAUGAAAAUGCAUCCUUUGGGAGCCCUUGCUCGAUUAAUUCUCGGCAGUUUCUGAUCCCACCCAAAGAGGAUGAAGACUCUCCUAAAGCCAUUAACUCAGGGUGGUCCUUCACGAAUUUAUUUCACACCAAACCAAACGAUUAAAGCUGAGAUGCUAGCAGUUGCUCCAAAAGCUGCUGUUUCCUAGAUCCUGUUUCAACCCCCUUGGAGAUGCUGUAAACCAGGGAUUUAUAAUUUCAUUUCAGUGAAAUUGAAUGUUAACCUUGCUUAUGUUGUAGUGGAAGUGGCACUAAUUAUAUUCAUGGAUGGCAGAGAUGCUAAUUCCUAGCACCUCAGUUAAGGAUAGGUGUUUGGGGUAGCCCUUUUUGAAGCCAAAGAACAGCAAGAGGUCUGUGUCUGCUUUUCAUAGUCCAUUCCUCCCCUCCCUGCUGCCUGCUCUCAGUCGCGCAUAAGAACUGUCUUUAUGACUACUUCCUAUUUUAAAUCUAAGACUGGGGAUGCUGGAGGGGAGGGUUAUUGUUAUAAGCUUAGCUUUUUGCCUCAGACAUAACCUGCAGGUUGUUUAGAGGUCUAGAUGCACAUAGGUGUGUCUAGGGUUGGGUCCUUGUUGGAUAAUCAAAAAUGCAUUUUUUUUUUGACACAAGUGUUUAAGAUUUGGGGGAACCAAAUGCUACAGUACUUCCACUGAUACAGCACUUAGUCCCCAAAACCGCUCAAGAGAGCCCCUCGUUCCUGAAGGCAGUUCAUUCCUGCAGCAUUGAAACAGUUUGAACAGAAGAACUCCAGCUUGGACAGCUUACCCACCACAGUCGCUCCCAUGGCUAUCGGUGGCAUUCAUUUUUCAGGCUUGGAUAUUCGUUUCUGUACCUGCUGUAUACGUAAAUAUGCAAUAGUUUUGACUCAGGGGAGCAAAAACAAGUAUAACACUGAUUUUAAAAUCGUAGUCAGGAAUGAAUGUUUUACCUUGCAGGUGUUUUUUAAAGCACUCUUUGCCACAUUUUUUUUAGACAUUGAAGUGACUGCUGUGCCUCUGACCUCAAGCAGUCAUGCAAGGCGAGAUGCUCUCUUCCUGGCACGCUGCUGCUGUAUGGAGGGAUUUGCUUGCUUGCUUGUUUGUUGUUCCAAGGAUCAUUCAGUCACGUGAUCCUAAACCUGUAGUCCGGAGUGAUACAGGCAUUAGGACGGAUUCAGGUGAGCACAAGGCCUUAGGUGCAUAUGUCCCAGGAAACCUCUCCAUCCCAUCAGUGCCUGUUUCCGGGUGAACUCUACCAAUGAGAAUACCUAGUAACAGUCUUCCAAAGAUCUGUGCAAGCACUAUUGUAAAAACCAACAGGACACAUCUGAACAAUGUCCAUCUCUGUUCUCCAUGGAAAACCAAUCUCGAUGGGCAGUGGCCAGCUAUGGCCACUUUUCAUGUGUAAUCACCAUAAUUGGAGUUGGCAGCACCACCGGAAUACAAAUACUUUCAAGAAUUACAAGCGAGAGUGAAUCUUGAUUCUAUACAUGCAUAUACUUUGAACCAUUUGCAUUGAAGUCUUCUUUAAAACUGCCACCAAACAUUUCAAAGAAAGACCCUUCAGAUGAGCUACAGUCUUGAAACAAAGCCAAAUCAGAACUCAGCAUUUACAGUAUAUUUCCUUCUACUGGAAGCUUCUGAUUAAUUACACACUACUUAAGAAAAUUGGGUUUUUUGAUUGAUGUACAUUUGACAGGUGGAGUUAUUUCAGGUUUCCUCACUGGCAAAUGGCCAUUCAGCCUUCGUAGCAAAUUCUUUAGAAAUCAAGUUAAGGACCGCUGCACUAAGCCCACUUCUGCUCUGGGUGACUGAAAACUGCACGCUAGCUGAGCUGUGUUGGAGGCUUUCUUAUAGAAGUGGGAUAGCUCCGUGUUUUUCCAGCUGCUUUCUUUGAUUUUUAAUAAUCUUAGCUAUGUUUGGAUCAUCAGUUUAAGAUGCAUGGUGACUAUUUUUUGGGGUUGGUUUAGGCUGUAAAUCUAGCCCGAACCUCAGCAAAGCAGACAAGGAACCAGAAGGGUCACAUUUUCAGAGUGCCUUGAAUGUGGGGAGACUCUUCCCUAUAUUACUAGAGGCAAUGUUCCAUCCUGGGAAACUCCCCAGUCUGAUUUCCAGUAUUGGUCAGAACCCUUGGGGUUUUUAAAGCUUAUUUUCUGGCCCAGUUGUAGCCUGUUAUUUUCAAGGACUGUAGCUGAGUUCAUGCUACAGUACAUUGGCUAAUGGUGGCAUCCAACAUUCCUUGCAAUCUGAAAGUUGUUGUUGGUGCUUUAAUAAACACCCCUUAUUAAUGCCCAUUAUUUCCUUAAUCUAUGUUAAUACAGCUUAGGCUGAUCCCCCAAUGCUAUUUACACAACAAAACACUUGCAAAAGAUUGCACAAUUAAUGCCACAUUUGGAUUGGUCCUGGCAGGUUCGACCCUGUAAUCAACAAAAAUGGGGGCUUUAUGAAGGACAUGAAAGUGGUCUAUCUCCCAGCACUACCCCAGUUCAACCCAGUCCUUGACCAACUGUUCAGUCAAAGCCAAUGUAGUGCAGGACUGAGCUUACUGCAAAUCAGAUUAAGAUGCAUGGGGUGGGUUAAAGUGGCCCUCGUUUUCCAUACCAAUUUUUCAAAUUCUUUUUGAGGUGCUAUUUAACUAUGGAAAACUGCAUCCAUAAAAAUUCUUUAGUCUGAGCUUGUGCUUCAUAUGAGGCCUUAACUGCCUUGCCUUCUACUCUUAAAAUUUAAGGGUGGUUUUUUAGUUUCUAGAAGAAUUUGUUGGCUAGCAAACACACCCACAUUGGAAUACUUGUCUUUUCCAGAGCACUUCUGAAAAGCAUAUUUCUAUACAAUCUGCUUCAUCUGCCCAGGGGUAGGAGCAAUUGUUUUCUGAAAAUCCUUUUGAGAACACUUAAAACUUUAUACAAAAUGUAAAUCGAUCAAUUUUAGAAAUGCUUUUGUCAUUUGUAUGUUUUUUUGAGCCAUGUGUCUUAUAUGAGUUGUCUUUUUAAAUUUUGUUUAAGAAUUUAUUUUCAGUGUCGUCAUGCACAAAUUAUAUCUUUGUUACUUUGUGCUGACUAAUGGGAAGGGAAGGAACUGUGAAUCCAGUUGUUGAAAUAGCAUUUUUGAAGUCUUUAGGAUGUACAUUUUUAGUAACUUUCCUAUAUAUACCUCAGAUGUAGUAAGCUAUAACUUUAAAAACAAAGUAAUGUGUGUCACUCCCACCGAUUGCUUUCUUCCCUUUUGCAUUAAGAUCUUGGAUUCAUUUUGCUGUGAACAGUGAUUCUGUUCAGUGGAGACUAUGCAAGGACAAAGGUGCUGGUAGAUUCUGCCACCCAACACUUGCAAAUUGGCUGGGCUACCCUUCCUGUUAUAAGCAGGAGUGGCUACACCUCUGUGCAUUAUACAUCGGGCUGAAUGUCUGUUACUGUCUUUUGGUGUGUAUAUCAAGUCUUUCAGGAUUCAGAAGCAUGUUUCUGGUGCCUGAUUGUAAGAUUGAUGGAGGCUUCAGCCCUUACUGGUUUCUGCCUGCCAAGAAAGUAGAGCAGAAGCAGUGCAGGUUACUCCGUUUACAUGGCAGAUACCUAGGUGUUCACUAGUUGAGAGGUAGCUCCUGGAAAAUGGCUUUUCUGACUGCCUUUUCCCAGGAUGCUUCCUGUACUCCAAGAUGAUCACUCAAGUGCUAAAUGAAUGGUAUGGAAGCUGCCAUAGAUUUUUUGCAAUUCCUAUCUUAGAACUGGGUUGGACAGCUUGUGGCCCAAAACAUCUGGAGGACCACACUCCCAUCAUCUUUAACCAGCAUAGCCAGUGAUGUAGGCUUGUGGGAGUUGUAAGUAUGAAACAUCUGGUGGAACACAUGUUGUCUGCCCCUUGUUAGAUUUUCUUUUAUGGAAGGGGAAAUGGAUAAGUAUGAGCUAGCUUCUAUUGUUUCAGAAAAGACCUGCUGAAAAAUGUGAUUUCCCCAAAAGCAAACUGCUAGCCAGCAUCCACUCAACUCAGUAGGGCUUAUAAUGUUGCACUUCAGCUUUAGUGUAAAUAUUCCUCUUCAGUGCUUCAAGUUGCUAAGGAUCAUGAGCUCUGUGGAACCAGCUUAGGGCCAUGGAUUUCAGUUUUGUUGUGUACCAUGGGAUCCCUGAACUUGUUCAGAUCUUGCUUGUGCACCUGUGAAUGAGCUGGUCAUGGGCGUGGUAAGAUAUAGAGGUUUGCAAAUGAACCCUUAAAAAGGGAAUGAUUUUUAGAGCACUUGCAACACUUUUCAAAAAUCAAUUCCUCAAGCUAAAAGAGCAGCUGUAGUGUUGGAUAACCUUCCCAGAAGAUCCAUUGUUGGUCGUCCCUGGCACUGUGCAAGUGCAGUGGAGUGUUGCAUUUAGGUUGCAUUCACAUGGGGUAAUACCAAACAGGGAUGAACUGAGCGCACUUAGCCAUCAAAAUAUGGCACGGGAUCUUCUUCAAGACUCUUGGGAGUUCUGCAGCAGAUCCGUAAACAAACACUGGUGGGUUUGCUGAUGGGUAGGGUGUUUGCCCACCACCAACCUGCACCAGUUUCAGUGGCACUACACUACUGUGAAUGGAUUAUAAUUGGAUAUUCGAAGCAUAGUAGGGUAGGAAGACUGUUUAAAAAUGUGUCUUGCCGCUUUUCCAUGUGGCCUCCUUGAGGCCUCCAUUGUGAAUGUGAAAUCUCCUGCAGUGAGAUUAAGCAGAAACACUAAAAACGUAGAGCUGGGACUUUAGGUGGGAGCAGAAAUGGGGUGGGGGGAGGGCUUUUUGAAGAGCACUGUAAGUAAGAAAUGUUACUUGUAUAAUGUAUACUGUUUGAUAUAGCUCAGUAAAUUCUGAUGUUUUUAUUAAAAAUGUAAAUUGUAUAUUAAAUAUAUAUAUAAUGGAUACAAAGUAAAUCUCAAUGCUUUUUGAAAUACUAAAUUAAUAUAAUCCUCAGACUGGAAGACUCAAAAGUUCCCUAUGCUUUUUAAAUUUUAACUGCAAGCAAUUUGACCUAACCUUGCCUUGCCUCCAGUGUGUGUUAAUCGAGCUGCUGAAUUUGGCAAUUUGCUGCCAGAUGGCUCAGGUAUAUUUUCCCUCCUAAGUAAACUUUUAUCAUGUAUACAAACGAAUGUACUCUUUAUUCUUCUGUGUAUUUCCGUCUUGAAGAUGUCUGUCUGAAACUGUUAUCUCACUUGUGACUUUGGAGGUUGGUAAAUGUUUUGCUACAUUGCACCUGGAGAAAGGGCCCGCAUGCCCAAUUAUGAGUUGUAGAAUCUCAAGCUGAAUACUAUCCGGCAAAACUAGCACCAAGAGUAUGCAUAACUCCCAGUCCUUCCCUGGCAAAUAGGCAUCCCAGUAACUUCUGGCAGUCAUGGGGAGGGGAGGGUCCCUGUCUCCUUAUAAACAGGUGAUUGGUGCUUCCAGGUUUCUGUGCUGAACAUCUUCUGUAUGUGAGCAGAGAACGUAUUUGGAUUAGGACCAGAGUGUGUUGUAAACAUCAACAUGCAAAAACCAGCCAUCAAGCAGCUAUGUCUUCUCUGGCAAAAAUACCCAUAUAGGCACCUAAAGGGAAGAUAAUAAUGGAAAAAUACAACAGAGGAGGAGGCGGAGGGGGAUGGAGUAGCAAACUUUCUAAGUGAUGUAGAACUAAAAUACUAAAUUUUGCAUGAACAUAAAUCUAUGUUGUCUGGUUAUUUGUAUGACCAUGUGCUGCUUAGCCUUGUAAUUCGCAUGCAUUCAUUUUUUGCCAGGAUAUUGUCAUGGAGUUUAAUAAAUGUAUUUUCUUACACAGCCUA